AUGUCUUCCAACGGCGUUUCUACUUUCUGGUCGAGGGCCGACAAGUACCUCAUGUCAACAGGUGUCCCAUACUCACCCGUCGUCAUCACCAAAGCCCAGGGCACACGACUCUACGAUGCCAACAACAGAAAGAUCCUUGACUUUACAUCUGGUCAGAUGAGCUCUCUUCUUGGGCACUCCCAUCCCGAGAUUGUGGAGGUUGUUAAGAACUAUGUCGCUGAACUCGAUCACCUGCUCAGCAACAUGAUCACACAUCCCGUGGUGGAUCUUGCGGAGCGCCUCGCGCGUCUUCUCCCAGCUCCUCUUGAAAAAUCUUUCUUUCUAAACACUGGUUCCGAGUCUACUGAAGCCGCUAUCAAGAUGGCCAAGUGCUAUACUGGCAAGUUCGAGAUUGUUGCCUUCUCGGCUAGUUAUCAUGGCUUGACCCAGGGUUCUGGAUCUGCAACUUUCUCUGCCGGCCGAAAGAACGGUGGUCCAACCAUGCCGGGCCAACUUGCUUUCCCGGCCCCUUAUGCCUACCGCUCGCCGUUCCGAAAGGCUGACGGGUCAUAUGACUGGGAGACUGAACUCGAAUUUGGCUGGUCCAUGAUUGAUCGUCAAAGCGUUGGAUCCCUUGCAGCAUUCAUCAUGGAACCCAUCCUCAGCACUGGAGGUAUUCUCGACAUGCCCGAGGGCUACCUCAAGCGGAUGAGCGAAGAGUGCAAGAAGCGUGGCAUGCUGCUCAUCAUGGACGAGGCGCAGACCGGAGUUGGACGAACUGGCCAGAUGUUUGCCUUCGAGAAAGACGGAGUCGUUCCUGAUAUUCUUGCUCUCUCCAAGACACUUGGCUGUGGAUUACCGUUGGCGUCUGUUUCGACCACAUCAGAGAUUGCGGAGGGCUGCAAGAGAGCGGGAUUCCUGUGGUUGACGACUCAUCUUAACGACCCAUUGACAGCCGCCGUUGGUGACAAGGUCCUCGAGAUUGUUGAGCGAGACGCUAUCUGUGAGAAGGCAGCUGAAAGAGGCGCACAACUCCGAGAGGGUCUCCUGAAGCUUCAAAAGAAGUACUGGUGCAUUGGCGACAUUCGAGGUCGGGGUCUCCUACAAGGAGUCGAGAUCAUCUCAGACCCCAAGACCAAGGCACCAGGCUCUGACCUUGGCCAGAAGGUUUCGGACAAGGCCAUGGAGCUCGGUCUGUCUUGCAACAUUGUCAAUCUACCAGGAAUGGGCGGGGUCUUUCGACUUGCGCCGCCUGUCACUGUCACAGCGGAGGAGAUCAGCGAGGGGUUGCAAAUCCUUGAUGAGGCAUUCGCCUAUGGGAUGAGUACUCUGCCUCUACCAUGA